AAGAGUAGCUGUAGCUCAGACAGAGGCAGGGGCAUUUCUAUUUUUAGGGUGACUGGAAUGUACACAGAGACUCAUGGAAGGAAAGCUUGACAACAAACAACACAGCGUGAUCCAUCCUAUAAACAGCCAUCUGCUAGUGUUUCAGACUGCAUCAAAGAUACAAAGAGACCCUGGAAAACACAAGUGACAGAUUUGGCUGUGUCUGGAUGAGCUUUGCUUAUACUAUAGCAGGUACAAAAACCCACAGGAUGUGUUACACACUGGCUAAAACCAGAUUAGAUGGUGCAUUAAUGGAGGUCCUACACUAUAAAGACAAAGAGCUGUUGUCCACCCUCCUCUUGCAGCUGAACAACUUGAGGAAGGAGCAAAUCCUCACAGAUGUUGUCCUUUGUUCUGAUGGCAAAGAGAUCCCCUGCCACCGCAAUGUUCUGGUGUCCAGCAGCCCCUACUUCCAUGCUAUGUUCUGCAGCAACUUUUGUGAGAGACAGCAGGCUCGGGUGGAAAUGCAUGGAGUUCCCUAUAAUGCCCUUAAUAGCAUUGUGGACUAUGUCUACACAGGAGCCAUUAGUAUUACCAUGGAGUCAGUUCUCCCUCUGAUGCAAACUGCUGCAAUGCUAAAUUACGAGCGGAUUUUCGAGGCCUGCUCGACCUUCUUGGAGGCCCAGCUCAGGCCGGAUAACUGCUUGAGCAUGAUCCGCCUUUCAGAGAUUCUGCACUGCACUAGUUUGCAGCAGAAAGCUCGGGAGCUAGCUGUGAAAAGCUUCUCUGAUGUUGUGGCUUCUGAGGACUUCUGUGAACUCUCCCUGAAAGAGUUGGUUGGUUACUUAGAAGAUGACCAACUGUGUGCUGAGGAGGAGCAGGUGUUUGAAAUCCUUCUGGCUUGGAUCCAUCAUGACCCUUUUGCCCGCCAAGGUGCUAUCCAUGACCUUUUUCGACAGGUGAGGCUACGACACAUCCAUCCCUCCUACCUCUUCCAGUUCAUCGCCAGUGACCCAUUAGUGCAGUCCUCCUCCCUUUGUACUGAGAUCAUUGACUCAGUGAGACGUCUCCUCUUUUCUGUUGGUUCCAAUUGUCCGGGCGAACUGCAACCACUCUGGACUGCUCCACGACGUCAUACCUGUAAAGAAUCUCUAGUGGUUAUAGGUGGGCGUAAAAACAAUGAGCGCACAUCUCGCGAGACACUGCUAUUUGAUGAACAGACAGAGUGCUGGCAAGGGCUGGCUAAGUUACCCGUACGACUCUAUCGUGCCUCUUACGUCUGCAUGCAUAGCAUCCUCUAUGUUCUGGGAGGUCUAACCAUGACCGCAGGAGGAAAUGGUGUACCUACUGCCACAGUUUACACACUCUCCCUAAAAAUGAAUCAGUGGAGGGUUGCGGAGCCCAUGCUGAUGCCUCGAUUUGGCCAUCAGAGCAUCUCCUACCUACAGUUCAUCUUUGUUUUAGGUGGCAUUACAGAUGACAGACAGCCCUCCAGUGGGGUGGAGAGAUACAAUACCAUGUUCAACCAAUGGGAGUCUAUGGCUCCAAUGCCAGAAACAGUUCAGCACCCUGCUGUAGCAGCACAUAACCAGAGAAUCUAUGUAUUUGGUGGGGAAGAUGCCAUGCAAAACCCAGUACGAAUGAUUCAGGUUUACCACAUUGGAAGAAAUCUCUGGUGUAAAAUGGAGAACAGGAUGGUGAAGAAUGUUUGUGCCCCUGCUUCAGUUAUUGAUGGCAAAAUCUACAUUAUUGGAGGCUAUACAAGAAGAAUGGUGGCAUAUGACAUUAAAGCAAACAGAUUUAUUAAAUGCAAGAAUAUGAAAGAGAGAAGGAUGCAUCACUCAGCCACCGUCAUCAACAACAGACUCUAUGUCACUGGGGGCCGAUACAUUAACAGCCAUGUUGAUGUCCAGGAUUCAGACAGCUUUGACUGCUAUGACCCAGAGACAGAUGCCUGGACAUCAAAAGGCACUUUGCCAUUUAAACUCUUUGACCAUGGCUCAGUUCCGAUGGUGUGUGUCUCACAGAAGCCUUUUCCCACAUGAAUGUGAUUAUAAUGUUGUUGAAAACUCAGCACUGUGUACACAGAUUGGUCAUUGACUGAGAAAACUAUGUCUUUAAGUAAGAAGCUUUCAAUGACUAAGAUUCAUGCAGGAAGCUACAUGAUUUUUCCCCCCCAACUAUUGUGACUAGAGGUUGCAGUUAAAGAGUAACAUGACAUACAGCUGUUCUAGCAUAGGGAACUUGGUCAUAAGAUAUUCUAGAUGUGCAAUCAAAGAGCAGCAUCAUUCAAGCAUGUACCAACUCAUUGUAACAUGUAGCAAUACCUAUUCCUCAAAAUUAUAACAAGACAUCUUGGCAGUUAUUCCAUUUCUUUAAAAUGUACUGUAAAUAAGUAUGUACAUGAGUUAAUUAGUUUAACUACCCCUACUUUCAUGUCUAGCACUUUGUAGGGAGCACAGGUAUUAUCCACACACCUUUAUGCAAAAAACAUUCCUACAAUUUCCUAUUCGCUGAUCCUUUUAAUAAGUUUCCAUCGUUCCUUAAAACAGUGUCUGCGGUUCUAUGUCAAUUUCCAUACUGCAUUAAUUAAGUAAUAUUUUUCAAUUCAGCUUUGAAUCUUUGAAGUAUUUUCUGUAAUUAUCAUAAAAUUGUUCCUAUUUCAUAGACAUUUCCGUGUAAUCUCUUUUUUUUUUGUUUGUUUAAUAUUGAUUUUAAAAUGUCUCAAAGUAUACCUUAGGUUUUAGAUGAUUGAAAUAAAAGGUGUUUUGUGAUUUA